UCAAAUAAGGAAGCAGAAAUUUGAGAGAGACAUUUGGAUACUAAUGACGAAAGAACUUUUAUUAGUUCUUGCUUUCCCUGGAUUGUGAUCUGAUCUGUAUUUCUCUAAAUAUAUGUGAGAGUCAGUCUGGAAUGAGGGUCGCCGUCAUCAUCUUCAUCACUCUCUGCCUGAUGCCAGGUCGGGGAAUUUGUUUCAGUGUGAUUGGCUGCACUGGAGGGAGUUUAAUGUUCAAGUGCACGUACAAGUCUAAUGAUCAGCAUAAAGUAAAGUAUUUCUGCAGAAACAGAGACUGUACGAUAGGAAUCAGUACUGAGCUUCAGCGCCGCUGGGUUAAUAACGAGAGAUUCAAUCUCUAUGAUGAUGAAAACAGCAGAUUCUUCACAGUGUUCAUCAGGAACCUCAGCAGAGAGGAUGAAGGGAAAUACACAUGUGGAGACAAACAGAAAUGGAAACAUGAUGUUACAUUAGUGGUGAACAACAACUCUUCUUCUUGUGGGACGUCUGUUAUCCGAUCUGCAUAUAUUGGUCAAACGAUCACUUUCCACUGUAAAUAUGAUCAUAAGUUUAAAACACACACCAAAGUCUUCUACAGAGUGAACGUGGAUCCUGUGCAUGUGCUGAACAGCUCUCAAUCAUCACAAUCAUCUGAGGAGAAGUUCAUCCUGACUGACAGACAGAAAGAUCAUUUUACUGUGACCAUCAGAGACAUUUCUGCAGAGGAUGGUGGAGUUUAUUUAUGUGGAGUGGAGAGAGACGGAUCAGAUAAACCACCUUCAGAAACAUCAAUUACUCACAUCACCUUCAUUAAAGAGAUUGAGCUGAAUGUUUAUAGUCAAAUAACUUCUGUCCAGGUUCAGGCCUACAUCAGUAAAUCAGUCUUCAUCACGUGUAAAUUUCCACAAGAAUUCAAAGAAAACAAGAAAUUCAUCCAGAAAGAUUCAUCACAGAAGAUCCCUGUUGAUGAACAGAAGCGAUGGGUCCGUCAUGAUAAAGUGCACAUGUAUGAUGAUACCAGUAAAGGACUGUUGAAGGUUUUUAUCAGUGAUUUAACUGCAGCUGAUGAAGCGACGUACAGAUGUGGAGUGAAUACUGCUGAUGAUGAUCUGUUCACUGAGAUCAAACUGACAGUCAGUCAAGUUGAUCAUUUUCGUGAAUCAAGUAAAUCAGUUGCUAUUAUUGGUGAAAGUGUGAAACUGACCUGUAAUUACCCUGAGAAACACAAGAUCAUCAAACACAUCUGCAAAGAGAACAAGAAGAAGAUCUGUCAGAACAUCAGUUCAUCAGAGAAGCAGCGCUUUGAGUUUUCUGAGAGUGCAGCAGGAGUUUUUACAGUGAACAUCAGUAAUGUGAGGCUGAGAGAUGCUGGAGUUUACUGGUGUGGAGCAGAAACCAGACACACGCAUCUGACUUCUGUUUCUCUCACCAACAAACACGAACUGACUUCAUCCAGUAUGUACAGCAACCAUAAACCAUGCACUUCAAUAAUAUAUGCCUGUAUUUUACAAAAAGUUAUUCAUGCUAAGUUUUUGAAAGCAAAAUGUUGUUUAGACAUGUCCUUUAAAUGACGCAUUGUUCAAAUGAUUAAAUAAAGG